UUGCUCUCUCUUGUGAACUGAAAUUCGUUCCUUCUUCUUCUCUUUAGAAUUAUGGUUUUGUAAUGGCGAGUCUACGCUGUGGAUUGCUUCCAUCAAAUCAUCUUGUUUCGGACACAUUUCCCAACCUCAACUGCCACAAAUCCAACCUUUUCACACCAAAAUUCAAAUUCCAAGUCUCAACGGUUGGAAAUCAUGGUUUCAAAGACACCAAAGUGUCAAGCCAGAAUAGCUCACACAAACUUCUAGUUACAGCACCUGAAAAUGCAACAGGUUUUAGCAUUCCAGAUCGAAAUGGCACGAAUGAGCAUGGCGAGUCUCAGUCACCAGUAAAACUCCUCAGAAUAAACCAGAACAGUCCCUAUGAUUGCAAACAAAUUCAUGGUCAGUUUGUUAAAUGGAGUAUGAUAAAAUCAAGCAGUAUGAUUGGAAAUAAGCUUACAAUUUUGUAUCUGAAGAAGGGAUCAUUGGAUGAUGCGCGGCGAUUGUUUGAUAAAAUUCCUGACAGAACACCACAAGUGUAUGCAAUGAUGAUAGGAUCGUAUUGUCGGUCUGAGCAAUGGUAUGAUCUUUUUUCGGUACUCAGUUUGUUGGUUGAUGAUGGGUUGUUACCUGAUAGAUACCUGGCACCCACGAUUCUCAAAGCGUGCUCGGCAGUUAAGUUGUUGACGAGUGGUAAAAUGGUUCAUGCACAUGUUGUGAGGAAGGAGAUGGGAGCAGAUGUUUUUGUUGGGAAUGCCCUCAUAGAUUUGUAUGCAAAUUGUGGGGAUUUAAGAUCUUCACGAUGUGUGUUUGAUACAAUGAAAGAGAGGGAUGUGAUUUCAUGGACUUCCCUUGUUACGGCUUACAUGGACGGAGGCCGUGUAAAUGAGGCUAAUGAGGUUUUUUGUUCGAUGCAACUGAGUGGAGUGAAGCCUGAUGUAAUCUCUUGGAAUGCACUUAUAUCGGGCUUUGCUAGAAACAUAGAGAUUGAAAUGGCUAUUCAAUGUUUGGAUGAGAUGCAGGAGAAAGGGUUGAAGCCAAGGGUUACAUCCUGGAAUGGUGUUAUUUCAGGUUGUGUCCAAAAUGGAUAUUUUGAAGACGCUUUGGAUGUUUUCAGUGACAUGCUAUCAGUUGCUGAGAAUCCUAAUGUUGUUUCGAUAGUGAGUAUCCUUCCAGCCUGUGCAGGCUUAAAACACUUAAAGUUAGGCAGGGAAAUUCAUGGAUAUGUUUUUAAAAGUGAGCUCUGGGGGAACAUUCAUGUGAAGGGAUCACUAAUUGACAUGUAUUCCAAAUGCGGAAGAAGUGAUUGUGCAGAAAAGGUUUUUGUUCAGGAAGAGAACAAGAACAUUGCCAUCUGGAAUGAGAUGAUCGCAGCUUGUGUAAAUGACAAAAAAAUGGAGGCUGCAUUAUCACUUCUUAGAUCAAUGCAAAACGAUGGUUUAAAACCUGAUGAAAUUACCUACAACACAUUGCUCGCUGGGUAUGCUAGAAAGGGGAAAAAGAAUGAGGCAUAUGCUGUACUAAAUCAAAUGACCCAGAUGAAUUUGAAGCCAAACAUAGUCUCUUUCAAUGUUCUAGUAUCUGGUUAUCAGCAAUGUGGGCUUACUUAUGAAGCUCUGAAAUUGUUCCGGAUUAUGCAAUCACCUUCCAAUGAUGGCUUGACCAAUGGAGCAUUAAAUGCAGCAUUACAACCGAAUUCUGUUACAAGUACCAGUGCUCUUGCAGCCUGUGCUGAUAUAAAUUUACUGUGGCAAGGAAAGGAAAUCCAUGGUUUUGUUUUGAAGAAUGGUUUUGAGGCUAACAUCUUUGUCUCAAGUGCAUUGAUUGAUAUGUAUGCAAAAUGCGAUUAUAUAGCUUCGGCAGCUAAGGUAUUCUGGAACAUUGACAAUAGAAACACAGUUGCAUGGAAUUCUUUAAUCAUGGGCUACAUUAACGAUAAGCAGCCUGAAGAGGCUUUUAAACUCUUUCAUGCAAUGCUGUGUGAAGGCCUUGACCCAAGCCCAAUUACCUUUCUCAUACUUCUUCCGGCUUGUGUUGAUAUGGCGGCGCCAAAUGUGGGGAGAGAAAUUCAUGGCUAUGUGAUAAAGAGUCAGCUUAACGAACUCAAAAACAGCCUUGCAAGUGUUUUGAUAAAUAUGUAUGGUAAAUGUGGUAGCAUUACUGAGGCCAAAUUGGUGUUUGACUCUCAAAAUGAAAAAGAUAUUGCUAUAUGGAAUGCCAUGAUCUCCACUUAUUCGGCUCAUGGGAUGGUGAAGGAUGCUGUCGCAUUAUCUGAACAUAUGAAACUAUCUGGAACUUUGCCUAACCAUGAAACCUUUGUUGCACUUCUUUCAGCUUGUACCAGUGGUGGUUUGGUAGAGGAAGGAUGGCAAAUUUUCAAUGCAAUGGAGAAUUGCUAUGGCAUUUCUGCGAGUUUGGAACAUUACACUUGCAUGAUUGGCAUUUUGGGUGCUGCCAGUUUAUUGGACGAGGCUCUUGACCUCAUCAAACAAAUGCCUUAUGUUCCAGAUGCUAGGCUGUGGGCUACUCUCCUACAAGCUUGUAGAGUUCAUCAAAAUCCAGAAGUAGAAAGCAGUGCAAAAGCCCUCUUCUAGCUUGAACCAAAUAAUGCCUCUAAUCAUUUGCUUCUAUCUAAUACUGAUGAAGCAUCAGGGAUUUAGGGUUCUGCAAAAGAAUUUGAAGAAGGCACCUAACAAAUGCUGGUAUAAAAAUACAUGCUUUCAAUGUUUUCAUUUGAAGCAAGGCUUUGUUGCUGAGAAGAGCUCGGCACAGUUGGUAAGUUCAAAGGUUUGUUAUUUCCAGGUUGUGACCAUCUUGGAAAGAAACACCAGGUUGAUCUUUGAAUCUGGAAGUACCUAUAAACUAUGACCCAUUUUUGGAGGAAGCUUAACAUAGCAGAAAACAUAAUAGAAAGGAAUUCUACUUGUAAGGUGUUGGCUGAAGCAGAUCUCACUCUCAAUAAUCUGUUCAAUGCUUUGCUUUUUGAUAAUCAAUCGACUUCCUGAUGCUUUUAAUUUCAUAUAACUGUGAAUUCAAAUGUUUCUGUGAUAUUUUUGGAAGUGCCCGGUGUUUGCACUGCAUACUUGGAGCCAUCUUUUGCCAAGAACCUCUGAGGAUUACUAGAACC